UAUUAUGAUAGUGUGAUCAUACGUUAUCGUUAUUGAGUCACACUUGUUAUCGAAGAGCGUGGAGAACGAUCAUCAUGUUUGUGUAAUAUAUAUAUAUAUAUAUUACACAUAUAUAUAAAUAAGGGUAGAAGCAGAGGUAGUUGAUGGUCAGUAGUUGAACAGAGUCGUUGUUACUGUGCAGCUCCACUUGCUGGUGACUGGAGGCAGCUUUCUCCGCCUUUAUCAGCCUGUGGUGAGGCGGAGAUGAGCCACUGUUCUCCCGCUGUCUGACUCACUGGUUGCGGUCAGAGCUCGGCCGCACAUCCGCUGAACUUUCUCUGGGGUAGAAAGUGUGUGAGCUGAUGUGAACUCAGCAGCAUGGAUCAGUGUGAGGACAGAAAGGAGGGAGCCCCUCCCUCUAAAACCACUCUGUGUGGGGAACAUGAGAGCCAGACCAGAGCUCAGAGCCCAGAGCAGCAGCAAACAUCAGACUCUGCUGGAGGUGGACCUGAACCCAGCUGUGUGUCCAUGAAGAGUGACAGCUCUAGACAACACUUCACUGACUUUAAAGGACAACAGCCCUCUGCUGCAAAGAGCAGGAAACUGGAAAAACCUGAACCCAGCUGUGUGUCCAUGAACAGCGACAGGUCUAUGAAAAAUCCUAUAUACUUCCAAGAUGGACGUCACAAUGUCGGUCAGAGUAGGAAACUGGAAAAACCUGAACCCAGCUGUGUGUCCAUGAAGAGUGACAGCUCUAGACAACACUUCACUGAUUUUAAAGGACAACAGCCCUCUGCUGCAAAGAGCAGGAAACUGGAAAAACCUGAACCCAGCUAUGUGUCCAUGAACAGCGACAGGUCUAUGAAAAAUCCUAUAUACUUCCAAGAUGGACGUCACAAUGUCGGUCAGAGGAGGAAACUGGAAAAACCUGAAAACAGCAGUGUGUCCAUGAACAGCGACUGGUCUAUGAAAAAUCCUAUAUACUUCAAAGAUGAACGUCACAAUGUCGGUCAAAGAGUGGACCAGGAGAUCUCAGAGGUUCCCAGUGGUCAGUCUGACCAGCAGCAUCAAACAUACCUGGACUCCGUAUUUAUGCUGCUGGAGGAGAACAUUGUCACUUUUGUGAAGAACGAGCUGAAGAAGAUCAAGAAAGUUGUAGGUCCAGAUUACUCAGAAUGCUCAGAGAGUCAGAGGGAGGAUGAAGAGGUGUUGAACAGUGAGGAUGAGGAGCAGAGGAGGAGCAGCAGAGAGGCAUUUCUGCAGAUCACACUGGACUUCCUGAGGGAAAUGAAGGAGGAGGAGCUGGCUGACUGUCUGCAGAGCAAAUCUCCUGUUAUGUGCCAGCCUAGACUCAAAGCUAAGCUGAAGGAGAAGUUCCAGUGUGUGUUUGAGGGGAUCGCUAAAGCAGGAAACCCAACCCUUCUGAAUGAGAUCUACACAGAGCUCUACAUCACAGAGGGAGGGACUGGAGAGGUCAAUGAUGAACAUGAGGUCAGACAGAUUGAAACAGCAUCCAGGAAACCAGACAGACCAGAAACAACCAUCAGACAAGAAGACAUCUUUAAAUCCUCACCUGGAAGAGAUGAACCAAUCAGAACAGUGAUGACAAAGGGAGUGGCUGGCAUUGGGAAAACAGUCUUAACACAGAAGUUCACUCUGGACUGGGCUGAAAACAAAGCCAACUGGGACAUACAGUUCACAUUUCCAUUCAGCUUCAGAGAGCUGAAUGUGCUGAAAGAGAAAAAGUUCAGCUUGGUGGAACUUGUUCAUCACUUCUUUACUGAAACCAAAGAAGCAGGAAUCUGCAGGUUUGAUCAGUUCCAGGUCGUGUUCAUCUUUGACGGUCUGGAUGAGUGUCGACCUCCUCUGGACUUCCACAACACUGAGAUCCUGACUGAUGUUACAGAGUCCACCUCAGUGGACGUGCUGCUGACAAACCUCAUCAGGGGGAAACUGCUUCCCUCUGCUCGCCUCUGGAUAACCACACGACCUGCAGCAGCCAAUCAGAUCCCUCCUGAGUGUGUUGACAUGGUGACAGAGGUCAAAGGGUUCACUGACGAACAGAAGGAGGAAUACUUCAGGAAGAGGUUCAGAGAUGAGGAUCAGGCCAGCAGGAUCAUCUCCCACAUCAAAACAUCACGAAGCCUCCACAUCAUGUGCCACAUCCCAGUCUUCUGCUGGAUCACUGCUACAGUUCUGGAGGAGGUGUUGAAAACCAGAGAGGGAGGAGAGCUGCCCAAGACCCUGACUCAGAUGUACAUCCACUUCCUGGUGGUUCAGUCAAAAUUGAAGAAUGUCAAGUAUGAUGGAGGAGCUGAGACAGAUCCACACUGGAGUCCAAAGACCAGGAAGAUGAUUGAGUCUCUGGGAAAACUGGCUUUUGAGCAGCUGCAGAAAGGAAACCUGAUCUUCUAUGAAUCAGACCUGACAGAGUGUGGCAUCGAUAUCAGAGCAGCCUCAGUGUACUCAGGAGUGUUAACACAGAUCUUUAAAGAGGAGAGAGGGCUGUACCAGGACAAGGUGUUCUGCUUUGUCCACCUGAGUGUUCAGGAGUUUCUGGCUGCUCUUCAUGUCCAUCUGACCUUCAUCAACUCUGGAGUCAAUCUACUCUCAGAAGAACAGUCCACCUCCCACAAUUCCAAGAAAAGAAAUUCCAAGAAAGAAUCCAAAGAGACAAACUUCUACAAGAGUGCUUUGAACAAGGCCUUACAGAGUCCAAAUGGACACUUAGACUUGUUCCUCCGCUUCCUCCUGGGUUUUUCGCUGCAGACCAAUCAGACUCUCCUACAAGGUCUAUUGAGACAGACAGGAAGUCACUCACAGACCAAUCAGAAAACAGUCCAGUACAUCAAGCUGAAGAUUGAAGAGACUUCCUCUUUAGAGAAAACCAUCAACCUGUUCCACUGUCUGAAUGAACUGAAUGAUCGGUCUCUAGUGGAGGAGAUCCAAAAGUCCUUGACUUCAGGAAGUCUCUCUACAGAUAAACUGUCUCCUGCUCAGUGGUCAGCUCUGGGGUUCAUCUUACUGUCAUCAGACAAAGAACUGGAUGUGUUUGACCUGAAGAAAUACUCUGCUUCAGAGGAUGCUCUUCUGAGGCUGCUGCCAGUGAUCAAAACAUCCAAGGCAGCCCUACUGAGUGGCUGUAACCUCUCAGAGAGAAGCUGUGAAGCUUUGUCCUCAGUCCUCAGCUCCCAGUCCUCUAGUCUGAGAGAGCUGGACCUGAGUAACAACAACCUGCAGGAUUCAGGAGUCAACCUGCUGUCUGCUGGAAUGAAGAGUCCACACUGUACACUGAAAACUCUCAGUCUAUCAGGUUGUCUGAUCACAGAGGAAGGCUGUGCUUCUCUGGCUUCAGCUCUGAGCUCCAACCCCUCCUAUCUGAGAGAGCUGGACCUGAGCUACAAUCAUCCAGGAGACUCAGGACUGAAGCUGCUGUCUGCUCCAGCUCCAGACUGGAGACUGCACACUCUCAGGGUGGAGCCUGAUGGAGUUCAAUGGUUGAGACCAGAUCUGACGAAGUAUUCCUGUGAACUCACAAUAGACACAAACACAGUGAACACAAAGAUCAAACUGUGUGACAACAACAGGAAGGUGACACGUGUAGAGGAGGAACAGUCGUAUCCUGAUCAUCCAAAAAGAUUUGACCACUGGCCUCAGCUGGUGUGUACAACUGCUCUGAGUGGUCGAUGUUACUGGGAGGUCAAGUGGACCAAAGCAGUUCGUGUAUCAGUGAGUUACAGAGGAAUGACAAGGAGAGGAGACAAAGACGAUCGUGUUUUUGGAUGGAACGAUCAGUCCUGGAGCCUGAGCUGCUCUAAUGAUGGUUACUCUUUCCGGCACAAUAAGAAAGUGACAUCUAUCUCCUCCUCCUCUGUCUCUGACAGAGUAGCAGUGUAUGUGGACUGUCCCGCUGGCACUCUGUCCUUCUACAGAGUCUCCUCUGACUCACUGAUCCACCUCUACACCUUGAACACCACAUUCACUGAACCUCUGUAUCCUGGGUUUGCAGUCUGGUGGCCUGGUUCCUCAGUGUCUCUGUGUUCAGUGUAGCAGAGAGCGUCUCCACCUGAGAAACGUUCUCACUGUUGAACACGUAGUUUAUUCGUUUCAUAGUAGCAAUAUGUUUUAGUCCGUUGUUUGAUCCGUGUCCUGUAUUUGUACAUGAAAUGUCCAUGCCAAAGUAAAAAACAAUCAAAGUUGCAGUGUUGAUGAAAAACAUCCUCAAGGAGUUCAUAAAACAGUCUAGUUCAUUUAGCAGCUGUUCUGGAGUUCUCAAUUGUAUCUUGUGAUUUUCCUCAGCAUGAUGAAAUGUGUCCUCUAAAAUUAAGUGUUGUGGCUUUGGUAAUGAACUCCCACCACUUAAAGUAAGAGAUUGAGAAAAGAUAAUUUCAUGUCUUUUAAAGAUGCUGAUGAGUAAGAAAAGAUCACUGGUCAGAGACCAGUUUGGACUUUACAGCUGAAUUAACUCUCUGUUCAUAUUGAUAUGAACUGUUCUUAUUGUGAACUUAAAAUGUGAGUUCAUUUUUUUUUCCUAAUCUAUUAACAUGCAAAAAGGGCAGUUGGACAAACUGAAGCCAUUUAAACAGCAUUUCCGUUAAAUUGAGGGUGGUAAUGUCACAUAAUCAUUCAUUGCAAUGGGACUUUGGGAACAUUCUUAUCCCUUGCUAGAUGACAGAUAGUAAAAUACUUACAAUACCUAUAUACUUCUGUGUUCAGACCCAGUCAGUUAAACGUGCUUACAAGUCUGUCCAAAGUCUUUUUAGUCCCAAUGACCUGAAUCCUGGCCUGAACCUCUACAUUGACCAGAGCAGGGGACUGGGGAACUAGUUCUUCUAGACUCUGAACAUUUUUCACUGGUCCUGGUUGCUCCUCCGUGUCCCACCUCCCCCAAUCCCUGGGUCUGUCUCUGUAACCUUGUGACAAUAUUGCCUGGCUUACAUGACCUAACCAACUCAGCUUGCUCCAGGUAUACCACUCUCAUAGGAUUAGCUUUAUGGUUUAUCUUGUUCUUAUAAUCGUUGGAGGCCAAAAUCGUAAUCGAAAAUAAAAUUCUAUUAAUUGUCCAGCCCUACGAGCAGUACAAAAAUAACCUGCUUUAGUUUUUCUGACUGGGCAUUCUGGCAUUCUGGCUUUAUGUACCCGUCCUGACCACACUAAAAGCAAACAGGCUUAGUAGUAGACUUGUUUUUUUUAGUUGUUACAUGUAUUUCAAGGGGCUUAACUGGGUCUCGAGGACCACUUCCACCCCCCGACCCCAAUGGCUUUCCAACUAGAAUGGAGUGUGGAUCAGAUUGUCUAGUACUCACAUAUUCCAAGAAAAAAAACAACCUCAUAUCCUCUCAAUCUGAUGUUAUUCUAAGAUACUGGAGUUGAAUUAGAAAACAUUUCUUUAAGUUCUUUGCAAUAGAGCUAUAAAAUUGUACUUUGAUCUUUCUAAGAUUUUGAAUCAUAUGCCUUUUGUCUGUUUGACAUAUUUGACAACGAAGUAUAACAUGCGCCACUGUUUCUUCUUUCCGAUUUUGAAAAGUGUGCUGUUUAGUCCAGUGUACAAAUCCGAUUUUUGAAAUUAUUGUCUCAUCUCUUCUGUUCAUUCCUGCAUACCUAACUUCUCCCAUUUUCCUUUGGAUUUUGUAAUAUCUUCCUUUUCUCUCUUUCUCCCAUUAUCUUUGUCGCCUGUCUGUGAGUCUUUGCUUAAUAAUCUAAUCUAAUCUAACUGUUAAAUCAAUGAGUUUUUUUGCCUCCUUUGUGACCUUGUCAGCCAUUUAAUUUCCUUUAAUGCCAAUGUGUGCUGUAUUCAUACAAAUAUUACUGCCCCAUCAUUUAAAUUCUGUAUGUUUGUUGUACUUGUAUCAGAAUAUUUGGUCGUCUGUCUGAAUGACUGAACUGUAAACUGGCGAGUGAUGAACUUGAAUCUGAACAAAUGAUUGUUCUCAACAGUCUUGUUUCUUCUAUCCACUGUACAGCUAACAAUAUUGCAAGUAUUUCUCCUGUGUAAACUGAAACUUCAUCAUUUAUACUUUUCCCUACUUUAAUGUGAAACUCUGGAUCAACAAAUGCAACUGCAACUAUCAUAGGCCUAUAUGGUAUGUGAAUUAUAAAUAAAAUGAUAAUAUUGUUACAACAAA